AUGACAAACAUGAAGAUGUGGCCCAAGAGCACAAGACCAUCCAUUGAGCCACCUGAAAUCACUCUUAUGCCAGGAAGACUAAGGAAACAAAGGUCUAAAGAUAGUGAUGAACCUAGUAAGAAGAAGUUUGGAAAGCCUACAAGGAAGUGGAGAAAAAUGAAAUGCUCUUUGUGCAUGAAUUUUGGACAUAACAAGAAAGGAUGUCCAAUUGCUAAAAAUGGCUAUACUACUGGAAUUGCAAAAACUGCUACAGGUGGAAAUGGUGAUGCAACUACUUCAGCAGCUUCUACAGGUGUAACUGGCAGAGCUACUGGUGAAAGUGGUGGUGCAACUAUUUCAGCAGCUUCUGCAAGUGUAACUGUUGGUGGAAGUGGUGAUGCAACUACUAAAAGACCAGUCACUACUUCAGCAGCUUCUACAGGUGUAACUACUGAUGAUAGUGGUGGUGCAACUACUAACAGACCAACCACUACUUCAACAACUUCUGGAGGUGCAACUACUGCUGCAAUAACUACUGGUAGAUGUGCUACAAAUAUUUCUGUAAAUUUUGCAAGUGUUGCUCAACCAACAAGUCAAUUUAGUACUCAACAGUCAACUACUAGUACUAGUGGCUCAAAGAAGAGUAGCAAAGUUAAAAGAGGUGGUGCAAAUUCCGGAUAUAAGAGGCCAAAAACAGAGAAUGUCACGACCUAA